ACGUGCUGCUACGUCGUCGAUCUUUAUCCACUCACAUAAGAAGGCAUCGGCAUCGCCAGGCACCACAUCGACAAGCAAGAAAGCAUGUCUGAGGACGAAGCCCAGCUGAGCCUGAGCGGGUUCAGCUCCCUCUUCUCCAUCUCCGGCACCACCCCUCGUCCUCACCACCACCACCACCACGACCUGCCGCCGCCCUCUCUCUCCCUCAGCAUCGGCACCGGCGGGGAUGAGCAUGAGGAGGAUCAGGUCGUCAGCAGCGGCCAGGGGACCACCGCCCGUGUCCGGAUGAUGAAGAACCGGGAGUCCGCGCUGCGCUCCAGGGCCAGGAAGAGGGCCUACGUGCAGGAGCUGGAGAAGGAGGUCCGCCGGCUCGCCGACGACAACCUCAGACUGAAAAGACAGUUCAAACAGCUUAAAACGGAGAUGGCCGCACUCGUCCAGCAGCAGCAAACCAACGGCAGCUCACACAGAAGAACCUCCUACACGCAGUUCUAGCCUUCUAGCUAGGCCACCGCUGCUGGCAGCUGCGUCAUUUGAAUUCCACCACAAUCACUAGUAUAUGAACUGCUCCCACCCUUUCUGAAUAUGAAGACGUUUUAAGAGUUCAAUCUAAAUUCCCAUUACGUCCUAUAUUGAGGAUUGGAGGCUGUAAUAUUUAGCACUUGUCGGAUUUGUUAACUCGACUGUUUGUCCGAAAAGCCAAUCAGGGGCAUGUUUUUUUCUCGUUCUCCAAAAUAAUUCGGUGGGCACCGGUAUUACCGGUUAUUGGAAAUACCAGUCGAAAUACCGUGCGA